AUGUCUUCUCCAGGCCUCUUCAGCCCAUCGGCCUCUCGACAAAACCUCGUCACCUCCGUGUCCGAGAACAACACGCCGCCCAAUUAUGCCCAGAGCCCACUGUUGCAUCCUUUGCAGAUGCACAAAGUCAGAGAGACACACAAGGCGCUCAUUGACUCAGAUACCGCUACGGGCCGGAAACUCAUCAACCAAUAUGAAGUGAUUGAAGAAAUUGGCCGUGGCAUGCACGGCAAAGUCAAGCUGGCCCGAAACCUUGAGACAGGCGAAAACGUCGCCAUCAAGAUUAUUCCACGAUUCUCCAAGAAGCGACGUCUCGGAAAGGUCACGGCAAAGUCUCCCCAAGACAAGACGAAAAAGGAGAUUGCCAUCUUGAAGAAGAUCCGCCACCCCAACGUAGUCGCCCUCCUCGAAGUCAUCGAUGACCCCGAACUCAAGAAGAUUUACAUGGUCCUCGAACAUGUAGAACUCGGAGAAGUUGUAUGGCGAAAGAAAGGUCUUCCUCACAUCUGUCUUUACGAACGACGACGCAUAGAACGCGAGAUGCGGGGCGAGCUCCCUACCCCCGAAGAGGAUCGCUACGAACAGCUACUUGAGCACCGACAGGCUGUCAAGACAAUGAAGCGAGCCAAGAUGGCCCAAAAGUACCCGGGUCAAAUGAAUUGGAGUUUUGAGAACGGUGGAGCAGACGAGCCCGGCAGCAGCCUGGGAAGCCAGUCUCGCCUGUCCUCUAUGCAAGACUUCGCCAUGAGCGCUAGCCCACCAUCCCGACCUGCUUCUCGACAGACAUCCCGUGAGGAGUCCAGGAGACAUUCCCGAUCACGCUCCGUUGUUUCGUCCACCCGCGCGGUGGAAGAUCCCGACGAAUUCAUUGAUUGGGAAGAAGAUAUCGAAACACCCCUGGGCCUUCGAUCAAAUCCUACCUCUAGCACCGCCCUAGACGGUACUAUGUAUGGUCCAUACGUCGAUGAGGGCUUCCGUGGUCGCUCUCCUAGUAUGGCUGACUCAAUUAUUUCUCACAUGUCAUCCCUUGACUUCAAUCCCCAACAACUUGACCCUUUUACGGAUGAUUUUUCUUACGUCCCGUGCUUCACUUUCGACCAAGCUCGUUCGACCUUUAGGGAUACAGUGCUUGGAUUGGAGUAUCUACACUACCAAGGUGUUGUCCAUCGGGAUAUUAAGCCGGCCAACCUUCUAUGGAGUAAGGAACACCGCGUCAAGAUCUCCGACUUUGGCGUCUCCUACUUUGGCCGACCUAUCCGUGAUGGUGAGUUUGACGACACUGUGUCAGAGUCCGAAGCCAAGGACUUUGACGAUGAUCUCGAACUCGCCAAGACGGUUGGAACACCCGCCUUCUUCGCUCCCGAGUUGUGCUACACCGAUUUGGAUACAGAACAACCAAGAGUUUCUGAACAAAUCGACGUUUGGUCUCUUGGUGUAACUCUUUACUGUCUCAUCUACGCCCGGAUUCCCUUCCUUGCUGAAGAUGAGUUCCAGAUGUUCCGAAAGAUCGCCACUGAAGAGGUUUACAUCCCUAAACGCCGCUUAAUGCCCGUCCACCCUUCCACUUCACCCGCCGCUACAUCCCUUUACAAGCGACAAAAUACACAUCCCUACCGUGACGACAAUGAUCUGGUUUAUGAGGAAGUUGACAACCUCCUUGUUGAUCUCCUACGGCAGAUGCUUACCAAGAACCCGGAAAAGCGCAUCCGACUAAGAGAUAUCAAGCGACACCCAUGGGUCGUCCAGGACAUUGCCAAUCCCAUCGGCUGGCUCGAUGACACCGACCCCGCCCGACCUUCAUCUGGCCGCAAGAUUCAAGUUGACGAAAGGGAGAUGUCUUCUGCCGUCGUUCCUCUCACCUUUUUGGAGCGUGCUCGUUCAGUGGUUAAGAAAGCUGUGGGCAAGGUAAUGCACCCCCUUGUGGAACGAAGUGAUAGCAAAACGCGACGUCGAGCCAACAGUAGUGCCGCUAGCUCCGCCGGUGACAGUGUCAGUAUGUGCAACAAUGGUCCGCCAACUCCCCAGCAGCAAUACCGUGACAGCCGACGCAAGAGCCUCCGCCCGGACGAUUAUUUUUCGAAUGCGGUGCGUGAUGCCUCUGGACCCGAACAUCCUCUUUCCGUCAGUACAACCGUCAGCCCGCAGCCUGAAUCUGUCAUCUACGAUCCAUUGGCAACCGUCCUCCCGGAGGCUGGUGUUUAUCGUGGCCAUGCCCAUGCCCAUAGUGAGAGUGAGUCUUACCGUGAACCUGAAAAGUCUAUAUCGGCAGCUUCCUUAUGGCCAUUUCACCGCCAUGCACACAGCCAAGGAUAUGCCAAGACUACAUAUCACUUCCUACACUUUGGCCCUACCGUACCCGUUUCUCAAACUACACCUACAACCCCGAGCUUCGCCAGUCAUGCCGAUUCACAAGAAGACUCAGGAGCCGAGACCAUCCUCAAGACUCAUGACCAAGACCCUAUGGACUCGAUGGAUGAAAGCUCUCGAUCGAAAUCUGUCGACCGUGGGCUUUUUUCCAGUUCUGAUAAGCGUGCCGAGGCCAGAGUCGGUAUAAACACCACAGUCGCUCCUGGCAAUGUUCAAGUACCCCAUCGCCAUGGACGACAGCCUGUCAAAUCUGUUGACCUGGGCAAGAUCUCACAUCAAAGGCGGCUUGAGGCAUCUUUGCUCUCUUCAUCACUGGCCUCCGCGACUGCUGGGCAUCGCCACAGCCAUUCAGAUACGACUUAUGCUACUGAUGCCCACACGGUUACUAAGACGAGACCUCGAUCUCUUCAGAGAAUGGAUAGCGCCCCCAUUACCAGAACGUCGCCUUCCCGUCAUUCAGAAGAUCUUUGUAUGCGAAGAUGUGAUCGACCACAUUCAGAACACAUCAGCUUCUCGUGCCCACCCUCUCCCAUUGAGGAGGAAUGGGACCGAGAUGAGCCUCUGCCUCGUGCUGAAACCAUGCCCGCUACCAAGUCUUCAAGCAUAGAUUCCAUGGAAGCUUUGGCCACCCCUUCAACCAGCCCAAGCGAAGUCACCAGUCCCGUUUCAGCGCUCCCUUCAAAUGCCAGUACAUCGGAGCGAAUGUUGGCAUUCCAGUCCGACCCCUCUUUGCCAGCUCUGCUCAGCGGUGCCAGUUCUGUGUCGGCCGAUAUGGAAGCAGAACUUCUCUGUAGGCCAGGCAUUGUCAGCGCUCACCCCCAAUUACUCGAGACUACCGAUAGCUUAACACCACCGGCGUUUGACAAGGAGCCUAAUGACUUUCCCAUCAACCAUAUCUAUGGUAACCACUCUGCCAUGGACAGCGGCUCUCUUGCCGUACAUCUUGAGAGCGGUGCUCGAGACUCCAUCACAAGCACCCCUGUCGCGCGGCCCGUAGAUGACGAGUACGAUGAUGACGAUGGAAGUGAUGAUGAUGGCAUACUCCUGAUGGCCUCAAAGAAGAAGCCAGUACAGAGCACAUCGCGACCUCCUGCAUGCUAUCCUCCAAAGAGACGCGAUACCAACAUUAGCAUUGCAAGCACCGAAACCGCUAAGAAGGUGCCAACCUCCGCAUAUGGUGACGAGGGGACGUCGCCCUAUGAACCAUGA